UUUGGAGAUAAAUGUCUCACUGAUUCUUAUCCAUCCGUGUCCGUUAAUACUACCAGCUGGAUUUUUUUUUUUUUUUUAAAGGGGGAUGAAGAUGCUGCUGGAGUUGCUGCUCCUCAUCAACAUUUCCCAGUAUGCCCUGGCUGUGGUGGUGGAGGUGAAUGAGGGGGAAAGAUCUGUCCUGCUGCCCUGUCAGUACUCAGGUAUUACACCUGAGGACCCCACAAUGAUGUGGACUCGCAAUGAUCUUGAUCCCAACUCUGUCCACCUACAGCGAGAUGGAAGAGAUGACCUUAGAGGGCAAAACCAGCGCUACAGCAGGCGCACAUCGAUGAGGCGUGAUGCUCUGAACACUUUAGACUUCAGCCUCACUCUGAGAAAACCACAACUGACCGACAGCGGCAACUACACCUGCUCCAUCAGUUUUGGAAGAGAAGAGCUGAGACUGACAGUUAUACAGCUACAGGUCAAAGACCAGCAGGUGGAGAUGAAGGUGAAUGAAGGCUUAGAGUUUGUCAUCCUGCCCUGCAAAACAAAACCUUACCUGCCUGAGGACACCACAGUGGAGUGGACUCGCUCUGACCCAGAACUCAUGAUGGUCCAUGUGUAUGCAAAUGAAGGCGACCAACUUAUUGACCAGGACGGCCUUUACAGAGACCGAACAACAGUGAACGAAGACCUGCUGAGAACUGGAGACCUCAGUCUGACCCUGAAAAAACCCACAGAGAGAGACAGUGGAGGAUACAUCUGCACCAUCUACAGGGACAAAGACAUCCUGAGACAGAAAGUAGAGCUGCAGGUCAAAGAGCCAUUCCCAUCUUGGGCCAUAGCUCUCCCAAUUCUUCUGGUUCUUCUUGUGGUUUCUGGAGGUCUUUUAUUUCAUUUCCGGCACUAUUUCAUGUCAGUUUACCAGGUGGUGGUGGAUUCAGGGGUGGAGUCUGUCCAGUUGCCCUGCAAAGGCAUACUUCACCUCCCCAAAGAUGCUAAAGUGGAGUGGAUGGACAACAAUGACAAGAUAGUCCACGUGUAUAUGAAUGGCUCUGACGAACCUGAACAACAGGAUGAGUUUUACACAGAUCGAACGAAGAUGAAUGAAGACCUGUUGAAAACUGGAGACUUCAGCCUGACCUUGAAAUACCCCACAGUCACAAACAGCUACACCUGCACCGUCUACAGCAGGGAGGGAAAGAUUCUGCUGAAGAAACAAGUGGUGCUCACUGUUAUAGUCCCCCAGGUGGUGGUGGAUUCAGGGGUGGAGUCUGUCCUGUUGGACUGUACAACCACACUUAAGUUACGUGAAGGUGCUACAGUGGAGUGGAGAGACGCUUACAGGAAGGUCCAUGUGUAUCAGGAUGGCUCUAGUAAGCCAGAGAAACAGGAUCAGGUUUACAGAGGCCGAACAGAGAUGAAUAAAGAUGCGCUGAGGACUGGAGACCUCAGUCUGACCCUGAGAUACCCCACAGUCACAAACUCUUACACCUGCACCCUCUAUGACAGGGAUGGAGACAUCCUGCUGAAGAAACUAGUGGUGCUCAAUGUCAGAGUCCACCAGGUGGCGGUGGAUUCAGGGGUUGUGUCUGUCCAACUGCCCUGUGAAACCACACUUGAGUUGCCUCAUGAUGCUAAAGUGGAGUGGAGAGACAUUUACAAGAAGGCCCAUGUGUAUGAGGAUGGCUCUGAUAAACCAGAUAAACAAGAUCAGGAUUACAGAGGCCGGACAGAGGUGAAUGAAGACCUGCUGACAACUGGAGACCUCAGUCUGACCCUGCACUACCCCACAGAGAGAGACACACAAGUCUACACCUGCACCGUCUACAGCAAAGAGGGAAAAAUCCUGUUCAAGAAAGCAGUUAAUCUGAAAGUCAAUGUCUGUCAGGUGGAGGUGGAGGAGGGGGAGGAGUCUGUUUGUCUGCCAUUUAAAACUACACAAAACCUGCCUGAAGAUGUUGUAGUUGCAUGGCAAUCUGAUGAAAUGAUGGUCCACCUGUAUGAGAACGGCUCUGACAAGCUUGAAGAACAGGACCAGGUUUACAGAGACCGAACGAAGUUGAAUAAGGACCUGCUGAAAACUGGAGACGUCAGUCUGAUCCUGAAACACCCCACAGAUGAUGACAAUGGAGAAUACAGCUGUGAAGUCAGCAACAGGGAUGAUAACCGCACAAACAGAAUUUGGAGACACAAAAUUGUGCUGCUCAAAGUCAAAGUCCCCCUGGUGGAGGUGGAGUCAGGGGUGGAGUAUGUCCGUCUGCUAUGCCACACCACACUUCACCUGCCUGAAGAUGCCAAAGUGGAGUGGACGGACAAUUACACAGAUGCUGAGAUCAGCAACAGGAAGGUCCAUGUGUAUGAGAACGGCUCUGACCAGCCUGAAGAACAGGACCAGGUUUACAAAGACCGAACGAAGAUGAAUGAAGACCUGCUGACAACUGGAGACCUCAGUCUGACCCUGAAAUACCCCACAGGUGGAGACAGCAGGACCUACACCUGCACCGUCUACAGCGUGGAGGGAAACAUCCUGCGGAAGAGACAAGUGGAGCUGAAAGUCGGAGUCUGUCAGGUGGAGGUGGAGGAGGGGGCGGAGUCUGUCCAGCUGCCCUUCAAAACCACAAAAAACCUGCCUGAAGAUGCUGAUGUGGAGUGGAGAGACAGUUCAAACAGGAAGGUUCACGUAUAUGAGAACGCCUCUGACCGUCCUGCAAAACAGAACCAGUUUUACAGAGGUCGAACAAAGAGGAAUGAAGACCUGCUGAGAACUCGAGACCUCACUCUGACCCUGAAAUACCCCACAGAUGGCGACAACUCCACCUACACCUGCACCGUCUACAACAAGGAGGGAAACAUCCUGCUGAAGAAACAAGUGAAACUGAAAGUCGCAGUCUGUCAGGUGGAGGUGGAGGAGGGGGCGGAGUCUGUCCAGCUGCCCUUCAAAACCACAGAAAACCUGCCCGGAGACGCUGAAAUGGAGUGGAGAGACAGUUCAAACAAGAAGGUUUGCGUGUAUCAGAACGGCUCCUACCAUCCAACAAAACAGAAGGAUUACAGAGACCGAACGAAGAUGAAUGAAGACCCUCUAAAAACUGGAGACCUCAGUCUGACCCUGAAACACCCCACAGAGAGAGACAGUGGAGGAUACAUCUGUGAAGUCUCAAAGAACGGACGGAUACGAUACAAAACAGUACAGCUCAGAGUUCAGAUCCAGGAUCAAACAGGGGACAUCACGAUACCUCUUAUGGCUCAUCAAUUCGUUUGAUCUGUGUGUUCUUUGAUUAUUGAUCAGUGAUGUCAGAGUGGAGUCAGUGUGAUGUUGUUGUUGUGUGUUUGAGACUUUUAGUGUCCAUGAAGGUCUCUGCUGCCGUAGAUCCUCUGAA